AUGAGACCCCGAGGCGCGUCCCGGAUCCCGAGUCCACUCUCUGACCCCUGGUGCCACCGGCCAGCAGAUGAAAUAGUCCCGCCACAAGAUGAAACAGGAGGCGGCGGUGGGGGCGAGGGCGACUCAGAGCCGCAACCCACGGAAGAUUUAUGGCGCCGCCCGGGUUCCAAGGACAGGCUGCGCUCGCGGAUGCUGCCACCGCCGGGCCUGGACCCCACUCCUUUCACUCGGGAAAACCCCGCAGGGACCCAGGACCCUCAGCCUGGGGAAGAUGUGCUCGGCUCAGGGCGCUCUCUUCACUGUAUGCGGGCCAGGCACACUUGUCAAUUUCGGGAAACCGAGAAGCCGUGGAUAGAGAGCAAAUCGAGGACUAGGAGCAACUUAUGUGCCUGGAGCCUUUUAGUGGCUUUGAAGCGGGUUGGGAUUCCUUCUAGCCUGUAUAAACCUGAAUAACGGGGCAAGAAGGAUACUCAGAAAGGAGAUGCACCCCCAAAAGGAAGUCCAGAGCCCAGGAUCCCUCAUUUGGCCUGGGUGGGAAAAGCACAUCUGAAGAAGGAAAGCUCAGGGGGUGGGCGAUUGGAAGCAAGGGAGAAGUGGUUCCUGAGAAACUUCCUGGAGAAGCUCUCGGUCCCGGGAGCUGCCGAUGGAAACCAGCUUUGGAGCGGCGGCAUGGAGGCUCUCACCACUCAGCUGGGGCCGGGGCGCGAGGGCAGUUCUUCGCCCAACUCCAAGCAGGAGCUGCAGCCCUAUUCGGGCUCCAGCGCUCUCAAACCCAACCAGGUGGGAGAGACGUCGCUGUAUGGGGUGCCCAUUGUGUCGCUGGUUAUCGACGGUCAGGAGCGCCUGUGCCUGGCGCAGAUCUCCAACACUCUCCUCAAGAACUACAGCUACAAUGAGAUCCACAACCGCCGCGUGGCCCUGGGCAUCACGUGCGUGCAGUGCACGCCGGUGCAGCUGGAGAUUCUGCGUCGGGCCGGGGCUAUGCCCAUCUCCUCACGCCGCUGCGGCAUGAUCACCAAGCGUGAGGCCGAACGUCUCUGCAAGUCAUUCCUGGGUGAGCACAAGCCCCCCAAGCUGCCCGAGAACUUCGCUUUCGAUGUGGUGCAUGAAUGUGCGUGGGGCUCGCGUGGUAGCUUCAUCCCCGCGCGUUAUAACAGCUCUCGUGCCAAGUGCAUCAAGUGCGGCUACUGCAGCAUGUACUUCUCGCCUAACAAGUUCAUCUUCCACUCACACCGCACACCCGACGCCAAGUAUACGCAGCCUGACGCCGCUAACUUCAACUCGUGGCGGCGUCACCUCAAACUCAGUGACAAGUCGGCCACAGACGAACUGAGCCACGCUUGGGAGGACCGGGGACUUGGCCUCGCGACUGGAGCUAGCGGCCCAGCGGGUCCUGGAGGGCCUGGUGGCGGUGCUGGUGUGCGCAGCUACCCGGUGAUCCCAGUGCCCAGCAAAGGCUUUGGCCUCUUGCAAAAGCUGCCCCCGCCGCUUUUUCCGCAUCCCUACGGUUUCCCCACCGCCUUCGGCCUAUGCCCCAAAAAGGACGACCCGGUGUUAGGUGCAGGAGAGCCUAAGGGCGGCUCCUACGUGUCCGCCUUCCGGCCUGUAGUCAAAGACGCCGAGAGCAUUGCCAAGCUCUAUGGCAGCGCCCGCGAAGCGUAUGGCCCUGGGCCCGCUCGUGGGCCGGGACCGGGCACCGGGACCGGCGGCGGCUACGUGAGUCCGGACUUUUUGAGCGAGGGCAGCUCCAGCUACCAUUCUGCCUCUCCCGACGUGGACACUGCGGACGAGCCCGAGGUGGACGUGGAAUCCAACCGCUUCCCAGACGACGAGGGCGCUCAUGAUGAGACGGAGCCCAGCAUACCUAGCACUGGAGGUGGCCCAGACGCUGGCCGGUCAGCAUUCGGGGACUUGGCGACCGACGACGUGGUGCGGAGACCUGAGAGGAGCCCACCGAGCGGCGGCUACGAGCUGCGAGAGCCUUGCGGGCCCCUGGGAGGCCCCGCGCCGGCCAAGGUGUACGCGCCCGACAGGGACGAGCACGUGAAGAGUGCGGCGGCAGCGCUGGGGCCCACGGCCUCCUACCUCUGCACCCCCGAGGCCCACGAGCCAGAUAAGGAAGACAAUCACUCGACCGCCGAAGAUUUGGAAACGAGGAAAUCCUAUCCAGACCAAAGGAGUAUCUCUCAGCCAAGUCCUGCAAAUACAGACCGAGGCGAAGAUGGGCUCACCCUGGAUGUCACAGGAACUCAGCUGGUGGAGAAAGACAUCGAGAACCUGGCUAGAGACGAAUUGCAAAAACUGCUCCUGGAGCAAAUGGAGCUCCGCAAGAAACUGGAACGAGAAUUUCAGAGUCUCAAAGAUAAUUUUCAGGAUCAAAUGAAGAGGGAAUUGGCUUAUCGAGAAGAAAUGGUGCAACAGCUGCAAAUUGUCAGAGAUACCCUGUGUAACGAACUCGACCAGGAGCGGAAGGCGCGCUACGCCAUCCAGCAGAAAUUGAAAGAAGCCCACGACGCCCUGCACCACUUCUCCUGCAAGAUGCUGACGCCCCGCCACUGCACUGGCAACUGCUCCUUCAAGCCCCCGCUGUUACCCUAG